UCCGCGGCCGCCACCGAGCCAUGGCGAGCGCGGUGCCCGCGCAGCCCCGCGAGGCAGAGGCGGGCGGGGAGCAGCCGGAGGUCCCGGAGGAGCGGGACGCAGCGGCGGUCGGGGCUGUGGAACCGGCGGAGGUGUCACGAGAGGCGGCCGUGGCGCUGCUGGGGGAGACGGGGCUGGCAGUGGGCUGCUGCAUCGCGGCGGCGCUGAGCUGGGAGCGGCCCCUCCACAGCUUGGGCGGCUUCGUCUGCGCCAACCUGCUCUUCUGGUUUGUCGCACUGACUCCUUGGAGAGUGUAUCAUCUGACUUCUCUCAUAAUACUUGGAGUGCUUAUUAUUCAGAUAAUAAAGGAUUUGGUGUUCUCGAGGAUAAAAGGUGCACAGCUUUGGAGGACCAUCACUGGCAACUGGAAGGUCAUCAAUUCCAGGCAAGACUACAGACCUAGAAUAAAUCAGUGCAUUUCAGAAGCACUGAUGAAUUUAUUUGUAUUUCUUCAAGAAAUGUCCCACUUCAAGGAACAAAACCCUGGCAAGUUUUGCCUACUAGUCUGCAGUGUGUGUACAUUUUUCACUGUCUUGGGAAGUUACAUUCCUGGAGUUGUCCUCUCCUAUGUCUUGCUAUUGUGUGCCUUUUUAUGUCCCUUCCUUAAGUGCAAUGAAUUUGGACAGAAAGUGUGCAACAAAAUUAAGGCUAUUCUGAUGAAACUAGAUUUUGGAAUAGUGGAAUAUAUCAACCAGAAGAAAAAAGAGAGAUCUGAAACAGCAAAAACAAAACCCACAGAAGAUGACAGUGAAUUAGACAUAUCAGCUCUGUGUCCUAAGGUUAGUCCUGCAGUUGUUGCCAAAGAGCUGUCAGUAUCUGACACAGAUAUAUCAGAAGUCUCUUGGACUGAUAAUGGGACCUUUAACUUAUCCGAGGGGUAUUCUCCACAGACAGACACAUCUGAUGAUUUUGACCGACCUAGUGAUCAUGAAGAAGCUUUUGCUAGAGAUCUUUCAGAAUUUCCUUCUCUGGAAAACGGUGCCGGGACAAACGAUGAUGACGACUCGAGCAUCGGGGUGCCUGCCCAGCAAAAAAGAACAAAAGAACAAACAUAUUUCAAGGUGGAUGAUGUUUCCAGACAGAGUAAAGAGAGGCCAUCCACUGCAGGGCUUUCCUUGCCUUUGACCAGUGACCAAACCUUUAAUUUAAUGAGCGGAAUCGCUGGGGAUGUCAUCGCAGCUGCUGUGUCUGCUGCCAUCAAAGACCAGUUGCAGUCUGCACAGCCAGCUCCCUCACAGGCGGUGCCCAGUUUGAGUGAGGAGACAGACACAGAGGAAGCUGAUGAUUUUGAACUGCUUGACCAGUCUGAGCUUGAGCAGAUUGAGAAAGAACUGGGACUUUCACAAGGCCAAGAAGCAGAAUCCCAGGAAAAGAAAAAAUCUUCAGGUUUCCUUUCAAAUCUGCUUGGAAGUCAUUAACCUGGAGAUGGCACCUGGUAAAGUAGAAGAGAUAAGACAUAAAAAAAACACACAGAAAAAAAAAUCAAAUGCAAAAAGAAAAAAAAAAUAAAAGGCAAAUUCUGAUCUGUCAGCUUUAACGAUCACUUUAGAUGUGUUGUAACAAUUUCCCUUACGCAGAGUGAAUUAACUGGAUAAAUAUCAGCUGAUACUGAUAGUUUAAUGUUUCUGGUAGUUAUACCUCAAUGUAAUAGCAUGGAAAUGAAUUAUCUAUCCACUGUUUGGUUUCAGAUGAGUGUUGGAGGUCAGUUGUUCAAAAGAGUUGGGGGAGAGGGUUUUUUUUUUAAUCCUUUUGCCAACCAUGUGUUUUGGGGUCCUGAGCCAAAUUUUCAGCAUCGGCCGUUUAUUUACUCUUGGUUGCCAACCACGUGAUACAAUUAACAACUCAUACAAGGGUAAGUUGUCAGAGGAUUGCAAUGAGAUCAACUAAAUCUCACCUCCUUCAAUCACACCGAAAAGUAAGAAUCCCUGCAGUUAGCAUUAUGUAUAGUGCAUCUACUAUAUGUGAGACACAUUAACCAGCACAACUCUAGCUUAAGUAUGUGUGCAGCACUAUCAAAGAACUCGGUUUGUACUUAAAACCUUUGAAUUAUUUUGGAUAUGGUGAUGCAUUUCCAAGGUUGUUUUGCUGUUUUAGGCUUGUAGAGUUGUAAAGUGGCAUGCUAUUUGACUGAUCACCUGCUGUGUUCUUGGUAGAGUCUGGUCCUUGGUAGUAUUGCCCACAGAAAGUCAGGCAACGCCUUCUUAUAUGUAAGAGUUAUCAUGUAAAUUGAACAACGUUUUUAGGAGCAGGUGAGAGUAGUUUUAAGAAAAAGUAAAUAAAGGAAAGGCUUUUUUUAGGUGCCACUUUCUUAAUUCAAGAUUCUUUGUGUUUGGGUUUGGUUCUUUUCCCCCCCAGGACAGCUGCCAUCACUUGCAACAAAAGUUGUGUAGCAAGCUGAAUAUUUUAAGAUACUUCAAAGUAUUCAGUGAGGUCAUUUGAUGUAGAAGACACUCAGAAUCAUCUUCUUGGCAUGUAAUUGAAAACAAACAAAAAUAACUUGUUGAAAUUAUUUGCCAGUUUAAACUGCACACACACACUGAGUGGGUGGCAUGGGAUCUUAAGCAAGUAACUUACUCAUCUUUUUUCUGGGGCUUUUUUGUUCACCUGUGACAAAAUGGAAUUGUGAUACCAAGCAAUAGUAAUUAAAGGAAUAGGAAGAAGUAAAGCUAGUUUUAUUUCACGUGAUGUAAACCAUUAGCAAAGUUGAGGGACCAUGUCAGCUGCUACUACUACUCCAGUGAUUUUUCCAUUUGCUGGCAUUUAACGAGGUGAAUACUGUCAUUUAGGACCCUCAGAAAGUACAGCAAAAGAGUAUCAAAAUCGUCCACUAACAUAUAUGUGUAGGUAAACUCGUGUUUUUAAAGUUAACUCCAUUUUAAUUGUUUUUUUCCUUUUGAGGUGAAAAAAAUAGGCCGAUGGCCAAAAGAGUGUAGCAAAAGAAAGAUACUGAGAAUUUUUGACACUAGCUUUAUGGUUGCUUGUGCUUCUGUGUCAGUAAUGCAUAUUGACCGUGUUUGCUGUCCUUUACCAGUAAAACAAAGUGAGCCUGUGCCUUCAUUAUCAAAUCCAUUACAAAGUAAGUGGAUGCUGGGUAUUGAUCCCGCGAGAUGCAGCUUCCGAAAUUGCAUCUUAACAUUAAAAGCGAGUUUCUGGGAAUUAUUAAGAAACCCACGGCCACAUUACAGUGUUGGUUACUAAGUUUCCUUUGUAGCUUCCCCCCAGCCUGUCCUUGCCAUUUGAAUAAAAACCAAUAAACAACAAAAGAAGCUUUUGCUGGGAACACAGUAAUUUUAAAGGCCAUUUGUAUUUCAGGGACGAGCUGAAAGCCUUGUUUCCUUGCUGCAUGUUUAGGACAAUCUAUACCUUUAGAACAACUUCCAAGUUGCCGAUGAAACUUUGUAGGACACCCAAACAAACACGCGCUUCCUUGUACAGGAGAUACUGGUGCCAGGAGGGGAAAGGGGCUACGGGACAGAGAGGGAGCAGUCCUUCACAGGCUUUUCUGGAGCAGGUUGAUGGGACAGGAUAGCUGGCUGUCAAUGGUGGCAUUAUAACAGCGUGCACUUUAUUGUUGUUUUAUGAAGAAUACUUGUGGUUACAGAAGUUUGCAAUGCAGGGGCACUCUUCUAGAAUAAUAGAUUAGAUCAAGAAGGAAGAGCAGUCGGAGGAGUUUCUUGGACUUUUUGUACAUGAUCCAUUUUCUGGUUUCAAGAUAGACAAUUAGAUCGAUUUUACUCCACUACAAGUCCCAGUUAUUUUUUUUUCAGAAAGAAAAAGCCAAACUUGAACAUGCAAAUCAUUAAAGUUUAGGGGUGUAAUUUCUUCUAUGAGUGUCUUUAGAUUAUUUUUUCUAUUCUCGAGGUAAUCCAUUACAUUCAGGCUCCUAAAUAUUGUGUAAUGGGAAGGAGGUAAUUCUGUGACGUUUCAUAUUCUUCCUCGGGUAGAGGAAAGAUGUGUUAAUUUUCUGCACGAAAUUGCCUCUUCCCUCCCAAACAACUGCACGUAAGAAACGCUUUGCUUGGACACGAUACAUUCCACUGCCAGCAGUUUGACAGCAAAACAUAAAGAAAACAGUUCUCCCCUUUGUGAUGUCCCUUCCACGCUGCCCUCAGUUGGAAAUCCCUCCAGAAACAUGCAUUUUGCUGUAUUCUAGCAGCAGCCACAACAUAGUAGUUACUUAAAAUUCCUGUAACAAUGGUCUGUGGUGUUUUUCCUGCACAGCACUGUCAUCACCUUCCCAUCUUCCAAACCUGAAUGCACAGGCAGGAAGAAAGGCAACCCAAUAAGAGAAAGCUUUGAAACAUGCAUUUGUUCCAUGGAACGCCAGCUGGCCUGCAAUUUCGAGACAAAAAGCAGAACAUUCAGCAUUAGAGGGCGAGAUCAGAGAGUGUGGAUGUGUGAGCAAGUGCCAUGGGGUGAGACAGGGUGUAAUCUUGCUGUGGAACAGUUCUGCAUAUGUUACCUGGUGUGUUCUUACCCGGUGGGAAAUUGAGGAUGCCGUGUGUUUUUGCAAUAGUGUGACUAGAGCAUUCGCUCUCCCUCACCUCACCGUGGCUUCUUCACACAUCUCUGCUAGAGGAAAGUGAUGUGUGUCAGGACAGGGUCUGGGGGAUGCAGUUCAGCUCUUUGCACUUGGAAAACUUCACCUCAGGUUGGUACAUCUGAGCACAGACAGAGCAGAGCGUUCCUCCUUUGGCAUUAGGCGUAUCAAAUCCAGCGUGGAAGGAUCUGUUGUCAGCACGUGGGGCUUGUCACAUGUACAUACCACACACCUCCUCACCAUUCUUCAGCUUGUUUGUGCAAAAAUGAAAUAACAAUGCAGAAGAGGGGAAAUGAUUGUAACCCAGGGUAAUCAGAUCUGAAGAAGUACUCGUUUUUACUUGUGGGGGGUUUUUUUGUUCUGUUUUGCACUUUUCCCAGACUGUUUAAGCCUUCUGAACAAACUCCCUGUAGUCUCCGUGUCUGUUCUCAGCACUGGAUAACAGUCUGUUAAACACCGCCUAUCCAGGUAACCAGAAACUGGACAAUUACAAAAUGUCUUUAUUUAAAAUAUUUUGCAGCACUUUACCUAGCCUGAUUACUAUUUUGUAAACAUGGAAUUAUUAUAUUGAUUGUUUGUAAAACCAUUUAAUAAAUAUGUGUUAGUUUUUAUCUUUCA